AUGGACACUAAGCCUACUCCCGAAGUUGAACCACACCCGCCAGACGAGGAAACUGGGCCGAGGUUCAACGAGCAAACUAACUAUGUGCCGGUCAAGACUAUCAUUACUAUAUUCCUGGCCUGCGCAAGUAUUGACUUGCUAGCAUUGUUAGACCAGACUACUCUUGGAGCAAGUUUAACCAUUGUCAGCAAAGCUCUUGAUGCUGACAGUGAGCGCGCAUGGAUUGCAGGCGCCUACUUUCUCACAUCGACCUCAUUUCAGUUACUGUAUGGCCGGCUUUCCGAUAUAUGGUCUCGCAAAGUCAUCUUGAUCUUUGGCAUCGCAAUAUUCUUCUUCGGUUCAUUAGCUGCGUCAUUAGCACAAUCAGCCGUUCAGCUCAUCAUCUUCCGCGCGUUCACGGGAGCUGGAGGUGGCGGUCUUAUGACAGUCGCCCAACUAAUAGUUUCUGACAUAGUGCCGCUUCGCGAAAGAGGCAAGUAUCAAGGCAUACUGGGGUCUGUUGUAGCACUAGCCAAUGGAAUCGGACCAAUCAUUGGAGGUGCACUCGCAUCGCAAAGCCCAGACUCUUGGCGAUGGAUCUUCAGGCUAAACCUUUUCACAAGUCUCUUGGCUACUAGCGCUGUGAUCUUCUUUAUGCCAUUACGCAAAGUUCACGGUGCAUGGAAAGAGAAAGUAGCAGCUAUCGACUUUUUUGGAGCUUUCCUAGCCCUGGCUGGCUCUACACUACUCGUGUUAGCAUUGACAUGGGCUGGUGGUGAGCACCCAUGGGAAUCUGCUCACGUUGUUGCCACUCUUGUUGUCGGAGUAGCAGUCUCCGCAGGUUUCAUCUUGUGGCAAUGGAAAGGCACUAGUGUGCCAUUAGUUUCGAUGGAAAUCUUCACCUCCAAGGUCGUCAACGGGGCUAUGUUGACAAUGUUUGUUAAUGGUUGGAAUUUUCUUGUCCAGAUCUUCUACAUCCCAUCGUUCUACCAACUAGUAUAUGGUUAUUCAGCUGUGAAGUCUGGAGCACUGUUGCUACCUAUCACACUCACACAAACGCUUUUUAGCACACUCUCAGGUCUUGUGGUGCAUUGGACUGGACGUUACCGAGAAUGUCUUCUCAUAGGAUGGGCAGUAUGGGCAAUUGCGUUGGGCUUACUAUCAACGCUUGAUAGUCCUUCGCUUGGAAAGCAGAUAGGAUAUUCCCUUCUUGCUGGUUUCGGACUUGGAAACACACUGCAGCCAAGCCUGAUUGCCGUACAAGCAGGAGCCGAACGCAAGCACAUGGCAGUCGUUACAUCAACACGUAAUUUCAUACGUAAUCUCGGCGGCACCCUAGGAUUGGCCAUUUCAGGAACUAUCAUCAACAAUGCUGUUCGGCAUUCACUGGCGCCAUACGGCCUCUCCAGAAAAGAACUGAACCUACUUCUUAACUCGCCAGACCUAUUUCGCGAGUUAGUAGGAACACAGCGUAUGGAUCAGAUUCGCGCCUCGCUCACCUUAGCAUACAAGGAAGGCUUUCGGAUCAUCUUUAUCGUGGGUGCGGCUCUCAAUGCAAUUGCCUUCGUCGCUGCUUGGUUCUUGAUGCCUCAGAUAGAACUUGCACGAGAGGACGAUGCUCAGCUAAAGGAAGAAGGCAAGAAGAGACAUGAAGAGAGGCUUAAGAAGGCCUCUAAAGCCUAG